AUGGCUACUUCUAUAUUCAUGGCCUCUGAUCACAGCACAAACACAAACCCACAACCAAGUAUUCAUUUGCCAGAAGAUGAUGAUCACCAGCCAAUACGUCGUGGUAGUGGAAGAAGAAGGACGAAAGGUAAUGAGUCCACGGGUCAGAAAAAGAAACAGCCGCAGAGAGGCAUGGGGGUGGCUCAGCUUGAGCGGCUCAGGGUGCAAGAGGGGUGGAAAAACCCCACUAACCAGACCCUCACCAUUAAUCCAGCUUCUCUUCCUAAUCUUGCUGUGAUGAAUCCUAAUUCUGUUCCUAUGCAGUUUGCAAAGCUGGGUGGGUUUGGGACUGUGAAUGGGAAUGGGAAUGUUGGACAUAUGGGCUUGAACCAGAAUCCGGGUUUCUUUGGUUUUCAAGAACAGUUUCAAGUGGAUCCGUUUGGAGUUGGGGGAUCGAAGAACUCGAAAGAGCUCUCUUCAACACCAAAUGGCGUUAAAUGCUACUAUGGACACUGUAAUGUUUGUCACAAGAAGAAGAGAGUUAAUGGCGAAAUUUUGGGGUGCAGUAGAGCAAAAUCAGGCAUGUAUAUGCAGAUGUCUCCCAUGGGUAACUGUGACUUUUUAGGAUUAAAUGUUGGAGAUAAUCCAAGUAUUAACCAAGAAAAUCAAGAAGUUGGAACACAAGCACCAAUCAUCCCUCAUCCCCGUUAUUCGGUUCGGAAUUGCCAGUCGAGUGUGGAGGUAGUGGCAUUUCACAGGAAGGGAAAUUCAAGUACAGGAAAUGGAACUUUGAUGAUGGAAUAUGAAUUUUUUCCAGGCAGUAGAAGCACUUGUAACAAUGAAGUUGGGACGAUGAAUUUGGGAGUUAAUUCAGAAGCUUCUUCUUAUGCAGAUGGAGAAAGAGAAACUUGUUUUGAUGCGUCCACUUCUCUUGAUCUGUCCCUCAAGCUUUCUUAUUAG